UGCAAUUCAGCGGAGUUUUCAACUCCUUGCUGAAUCAGUGGUUAAUGUCCCUCAUUGGUGCUGAAGCCGCGAUGUCAAAUUGACGAGAAUUUCUUUAAUUGCUGGCAACUAACAAAGUUGGUGAAUUCUUGAGCAACUCUAUCUCCAGAGAGUGUCUAGGGUGGUGAAUAAUGCGCGGUUAAAACCAACUAGGCAAGAUUUUCAAAAAUCUAAAAGCAGUUGGGGAUGAAAACGCGCCCGGUAAAAUUCCCCAACCUUGCACCAGGCUUUUUCUCCCCAUCGACUUGACAUCACAGCACCCCGUCUGACACUGACACUGACAUUAAGUCCUUCGGUCGCAUUUGAGAAUUUUUGGAAUAUUUACAAAAAAAUUAAAAGUGACAAAAAAUCGGCACAGGCUGCAUCCUGGCCCCGAAGCUCUGCAUGAUCGCUUGAAUCGGUAAUGCCCCAUCAUUUAGUAGCAAAGUGAAGUAAACAGGUGAAAAUGGCAAACAUCGCAGCUCAAAGAAUCAAGCGCGAAUUUAAAGAGGUUAUUAAGAGCGAGGAGGUGGCAAAGUGCGCCAUCAAACUAGAACUAGUAGACAACAAUUACACGGAGCUCCGUGGGGAAAUAGCCGGACCCCCUGAAACCGCCUACGAAGGGGGCAACUUCGUGCUGGAGAUUAAAGUACCUGAAACAUACCCGUUCAACCCUCCAAAGGUGCGUUUUAUCACGAAAAUUUGGCACCCUAACAUUUCCUCAGUGACCGGGGCGAUAUGUUUGGACAUUCUGAAGGAUCAAUGGGCGGCCGCCAUGACCCUACGCACAGUUUUACUGUCGUUACAAGCCCUUUUGUCGGCAGCGGAGCCGGACGAUCCACAAGACGCUGUGGUAGCCCGACAGUAUAAAGAUAAUUUAGAAAUGUUCAAAUUGACUGCCAAGCACUGGACUAAUGCCUAUGCAGGAGGUCCGAGCAUUAACACGGAAUGUGAUGACAAAAUUAAGCGCCUAGUUGAUAUGGGCAUUGAAGAGCACCAAGCCCGAGUAGCCCUUUCCUCAUACAAUUGGGACCUGGAAAGAGCCACCGAGCAACUGUUUAGUUAGUGACACUCUAUUCUAAUCUCCCAUUUACUUUGUUCAGUUGUAGUUAUAAUUUCGACGAUUUUGCGCCUGGUUUUCAGGUGAAUUAUAUCGAUUUAUUGACCGCCUUGGAACUUGGAA